AUGUCGGCUCUCUUCAAUUUCCAUUCUUUCCUCACGGUAGUUUUGUUAGGCAUCUGUGCCUGCACGUACGUGAAGAUUCAGUUUCCGGCUCUUCUUGAACAGAGAACUGGGUUUCGAGGUGUCUUCUGGAAGGCUGCUAGAAUAGGCGAGAGACUAAGCCCGUGGGUGGCUAUAGGAUGCUUAACAAUGGGAAAAAGCUUAGGAAACCCUAAUUUCACAGCCGCGGACGCCCCCCUUUUCCGGCGGGUCACCCCCUGCAACCACCGGGCCGGCCUUGGCCGAGUCGCGGUUGAGGGCUGUUUUUCCGCCUCUCUCGAUAUCUGUCAGUAUCUGUGGUUGACAGGCCGAAGGUGGGUUUCACCGCCUUGUCUUCCCCGACACCGGAGGGGUUGCCGACCGCCAUCUCUAGCUCCAGCCGCUGGAGCCUACCAUACCGCUGGAGUUCUGUUCUCGCACGCUUUCGUUCAGUUCUGUGGAGGAUGCCCCAGCUCGGCCGCGAUUUGCCUUGGUGGUGUUGUCCCGCCUGGCUGCCUGCCGGCUUGCUGUGCGUCCCGCCUGGCUGCCUGCCGGCUUGCUGUGCCGGGGGGGAUGAUGAGCAACUACUCUUCCAUGGAUGGAGUUCUCUACUGCAAGCCUCACUUUGAGCAGCUUUUCAAGGAGUCUGGAAAUUUCAGCAAGAAUUUCCAAAAUGCAGGAAAACCAGAGAGGGAAAAUUCGCUCACAAGGGCACCUAGCAAGCUCUCCUCCUUGUUCUCUGGCACUCUAGACAAAUGCCCUGCUUGCAACAAAACUGUGUACCCACUUGAGAAGGUGAUUAUGGAGGGAGAGUCAUUCCACAAGUCAUGCUUCAAGUGUGCCCAUGGGGGCUGCCAUCUCACACACUCAUCCUAUGCUGCUCUUGAUGGAAUCCUAUACUGUAAGGUCCACUUCCAGCAGCUCUUCAUGGAGAAAGGAAAUUACCAACACGUCCUCAACGCAGCCAAUCACAAGAAGGGACUCACCGAGCCUGCCGACUCGGAAUCCGAGCCAAAGGGGGAGGCGGAUGUGGAGGAGAAGGUGGAUGCAGGAGAUGAGCCCGACAAUCCACAGGAGCAGUCCUAG